AUGAUUGAACCUCCCUGUAACCUGGCUCUAAAGAGCCUGUGUGAGGCCUUCAUACAGGAGAGGAGUCAGAGAGCUUCAGCUGGGUCUGAGGUACAGGAGGGGAGUCAGAGAGCUUCUGCAGGGUCUGAGGUACAGGAGAGGAGUCAGAGAGCUUCAGCUGGGUCUGAGGUACAGGAGAGGAGUCAGAGAGCUUCAUUUGGGUCUGAGGUACAGGAGGGGAGUCAGAGAGCUUCAGCUGGGUCUGAGGUACAGGAGGGGAGUCAGAGAGCUUCAUUUGGGUCUGAGGUACAGGAGGGGAGUCAGAAAGCUUCUGCAGGGUCUGAGGUGCUCUGCAGUCUGCACGGUGAGAAAUUCAAACUCUUCUGUCUGGAGGAUAAACAGCCCGUCUGUGUGGUGUGUCAGUCCUCAAAGAAACAUAGAUGUCAUGUCUGUGUGUCACGAUCGUUGUAAGAAGCGGACCAAGGCGCUGCGUGAUAAGCGUACAUUAUUUUAUUAAGUACACACACCCGAACAAAAACAACAAAACGAUACGUGAAGUCCUAGGUCAUACAACACAAACCUUAACGGAACAAGAUCCCACAAUAAACUAGUGCCAACCGGCUGCCUAAGUAUGGUUCCCAAUCAGAGACAACGAGAAUCAGCUGCCUCUGAUUGGGAACCACCCUGGCCAACAUAGAAAACACGAACUAGAACGAAACAUAGAAAAUACAACAUAGACACUACACACCCUGGCUCAACUUUUAAGAGUUCCCAGAGCCAGGGCUUAACACUGUGUCCCUGUAGAUGAGGCUGUACAGGAUUAUAAGGAGGAACUCCAGACUGCCCUGAAGCCCUUAAAGGAGAAGAAGAAGGUCUUCAAUAAAGUUCAACUAACCUGUGAUCAAACAGCAGAGCACAUUACUAGCCAGGCCUUGCACACAGAAAAGCAGAUUAGGAAAAAGUUUGAGAAGCUUCGCCAGUUUCUACAAGAGGAAGAGGAGGCCAGGAUAGAUGCACUGAGGGAGGAAGAGGAGCAGAAGAGUCAGAUGAUGAAGAAAGAAGAUUGA